ACUUCAUUCCGGAAACAUCGUUUUGAAGAGUUCCUCCUCCGCUUCCUGUCUGCUAAUCCACUUGUUGAGUUGAGGAGGAGGACAACAAGGUGGACGCAAAGUGAAAAAAACGUAAAGUACAACAAUGGCCUAAAAGGACGGGUAAACUGCAACAGGUCGGAAAGCAAAACCCGGCGGUUGAGCACCAUGCUCGGUUUGAAGGAAGCCGGUGUCCUCGGCACCUCCGUCGUUAUCGCGGGGGGAGUCGCUUAUCUUAUAUGGAACUACGCGUCCUCCUCCGGGAAGAAGAAGCCUGAAAGUCGGCCGGAGAAAGACUGUAAAAGUGCUCGAGAGGAAGAAGAGAAAAAGGCACAGGCGAGAAGAGAGGGAACUACGGCUGAACACACUAUUGUGGCCGCUGUUUCUGCUCCUAUUACGGCUGCUCAAGCUCCGAAAGCAUCGAAGUCUAAGUCUGUGGAGUCAGCAGGGACGCAGGUGCUGGUUCUGGGUCUGGAUGGAGCGGGUAAAACCAGCCUGCUGCACUGUUUGGCCACCGGGUGCCUGGAGCAGGACACGGAGCCGACGCAGGGCUUCAACGCAGUCUCCAUCAGCAGAGAGGACCUGCAAAUCGAGUUCCUAGAAAUUGGAGGUAAAGAGGAGCUCCGGCCGUACUGGCAGAAGUACAUAUCCAAGGCCCUCCUGCUGGUGUUCGUGGUCGACUCCUCCAACCCACAGCUUUUCCCUGUUGCUAAGAAGCAUUUACAUGAGGUUCUGGCUUCCGACCCCCGCCUGCCUUUAAUGAUACUGGCCCACAAACAGGACCUUCCAGGAUCCUGCAGCAUCACGGAGCUCCACGACGCUCUGUCUCUGUCCGAGGUCGGGGACCGCAAGUUGCUCCUCAUCAGCACCUAUGUGAAGAAGGGCAACGCAGAGCUCGCCUAUGGCGUCCAGGACGCUCGCGACCUGAUCAUCCAGAUGGUUUGUGACAGCAGAUGAACACACUCCGUUUGGUGGUUGUCACUUACUCCUGUGUUUUUGAUACAAAUUGAAUAGAUUAUCCGCACCUUUUCACAUCAGUGUUUUACUACACCAGGUCGGCUAAAAGUCUUUCAUUUAUUUAUGAAAAAAUUAACAAAAAUGUGUUUGUCUUUAUAUGAUAUAGGGUGACUUAUGAAACUCAUGGAUUCUGGAUAUAAUAGUGUAAAAUUUCACUGACUUGGAAAUACACUUUCCUUGUUUGACAAUGAUGUUUUUUUUUCUCCAGAUCUAGCUUUAUUUAAGCUAGUUGCCUAAAGGACACUCCUAACAACUUGGUUUUUCAACUGUUCUCUCCACCAAAGAUUUAUUUUAUUUUCAUCAUCCAGGUGGUAAUGAGUUUCACCUGUCGACCAUGGCAAACAAGCAACUCUAGAAAGCAGUUAACGCAGAUGGUACAGAAUCCCAGUGGAUUCAUUUCAGGCCAUCUGUGUAGCUGCUGGUUGCAGCUUUAUCGCCAGCGAUGAGCUAACAGUCUGCUAACUAAUUUGCCAAGUAGGCAAACACAAAUGUAAAAAGAACUGUUGGCUGUAACAACCAGUUAUUUUUCUAAUUUGUACUGUGUCAUGAUGUCUUUCAGAAAACGCAGAAUAUGGAAUACCUCGAUACUAUGACUUAAAGCUGUACUGGGCAAGAUUGUAAUGAGAAAACAAUCCCAUAAUAUCAACUUAAAGUACAAAGUGAGACACCCUUCCCUAGUGGUAAACACCGGUUACAUUCACUUAGUGAACUUUCAAAGCUUAAAGGUGUCCUGCCACACACACACAUUUCAUUACCCUGUGGUAAUGUCUGGGGUUCUACCAUGGACUCUGUGACAUUUAUUGGGGAAUAAUUUUCUUGGUUACCUUGUUUCAAGCCAUUCUAGUGUGGUAUAGAAAGCCUGCUGGAAGACUCAACUUGAUUUGUGCAAGUUCUUGUUGAUAUUCAGUGCGCUAAGCUGCUUGACUCUGAUUGGCUAAGAGCUAGCCCAUGAGAGCCUAGCUAUCAGCAUCAGUUCCUUUUCACAUUCACGACAUAACACAAAUACAUAUGGACCGAACAUAUUUCAAAAAAUUCAAGUAAAAACUGUUUUGUGUGGCAGGGCACCUGUGUUCAGGUCAGUGAUGAUAUGUGAUGUAUUUUCAUUUUUCAAUAACCUUUUUCUGCCAUUUGGGGCCGCCAACAUGCAAACUCAAUGAUUACAGCUUUAAAAAAAAAAGAGGACAUUAAACUUGUGGUACCUGUUAAAGUUUUCUGAUAUGCUGUUAAUAUUUAAACUGAUGAUAAAAAAUAAAAGCAUACUUUCCACGGGAAACCACUACUUAACACUACCCAACAACCUUCUGUGUGUUAUUGUUGGAUAACAGCUUUAAAAGGGAAUUUACUGUAUCUUGGAACAAAGAACUCUUAAAAGAAAGUAUGAACCAGACUAUUUUUCUAGGAUUCUUUUGAAUUAGCUAUUUGUUUGUGCUGUUCAAAGAGAUGUGCACAGCUGCUUGUUAAUUUGUCUUAAGGUUUAAUUUGGUGAAAUCUGUUUUAUUUCACUGUUACCUCUUGUUACUUUGGGAUGAAGGGGAACAGCAUUGUUGUGUGCAAAGCCUUCAUGUGUCCAAUUAUGAGGAACUUAAAGGGUUUCAAAGACUACUUUUUCUUUAUAAUUUCAUCAAGUUUUCCGGUUUUAUUUUUCAAAUACCAAAACAUGUCCAACAUAAAGUAUUGCGUGAACAGUUUGUCACACAUACUUUUUCCCCCCUAAAUAAAUAGUUUCCACAAAA